AUUCAGCUGUACUCAGAAUUUGCUCCAGAACGAAUAUGGGUGGACAGAUUAGUGACCCCUUUUAUGUAUGCUAUUGGAUUCCCAGGGAACAUUAUAUCCCUGAUGGUGUGGAUUCAGAAACGGAUGCGACACUCCUCAGGAUGUUAUUUAGCCGCAUUGGCCUUGGAUGAUUUAAUCUUUCUGUGUCUUCAUAUUGUAUACGAGGUACAAACUGUGUGGGGCAUCAAUGUGCUCAAUGUACAAUUUGUAUGUCAGGCAUAUCCGGUUGUGUAUAUGGCCGUACAGUAUUUAUCGCCCUUGUUAGUGCUUGGAUUUACUGUGGAACGUUACAUUUCUAUUUGUCACCCAUUCAAAAGAGAGAAAUUCUGUACGACCAAACGCGCUAAAAUUGUGAUAGUCUUUCUGACGAUAUUAGCCUUUUCCAUGAGUUGUAUUCAAGGAUAUUUUUAUACUCUAUUACAAAUAGGAGACUCCACCGAAUGCGGACCACGGUUUGUGGUUCGUGAUGGCGGAACAAGAUCCAUUUUCAAUGUGUGGAAUAUCUGUAUCGAAAUGUGUGUGUUUUUAGUGAUACCGUUAAGCGUUUUGACAUUAAAUAUCAUGGUAAUACGUGAACUCAGGCGACUGUCGCAGGUUGAAACUCAG